UGAGCAAAUAAUACGCUUUCGCAAAUAAACGCUUUCGACUUUGCUCACUCGGGUGGACUCUUACGUGGAAUGGCCGAUCAUCAAAUUUUUUCGGAAAAUAUAUUUUAAACUGAACUGAAUUAUGCGGAUGAUGAGUGAUAUUUUCUAAAUAUUAAUGCGUCUGUUAUUCUCAGUAAUGUAAUUUUCUGUGAAAUUUUUUUUACCGUUGUCUCGUUUCAAUAAAUGUUGUUUGCUUCAGAAAAGACCGUAUAUGACAUAAUCGGCCUAGAGGUAGGGAGUUAGCGGAAAUAGAGAUUUUGAUUUUCUUAAGUAAGGAGAAGAUCAGAUAUAUCUAAAAAACUACCUAUAUCAUAUUUGAAUGACUCUGAUGUUUGUGUUUCUAAAUGUUCUUCGACCACUAGUAUAACGAUAACGGGUAAAAAACAAUAAAAUGUCCAGAACAUAACUUGUAGCAUGACACUAAAAUACACUAACAGUUCAUCUACUCGGUCUCUGCAACACGUCUCUUCUAACGUAGAUAUUCUGGCUUUUGAUUGUCAAACUGAUCGCAUUUUAGAUGUACGUAUAACUUCAUAUUUAUAUGUAAAGGAUAAUAGCUAAACAAGAUAUCAGAACAUAUCAUAGUCUGCAGUUUAUUGAAAAGAAUCCUUCGCCUAAACCCCUUAUAUCAUAAUUGACACUAUCUAGUCGAGGCUUGUAUAAAAAUCUGACGAGAUUUCGCUACGCAGGAAGCGUCUGGCACUUUUCAUUUUACCGCGAGUGUAGAGUUAUAGAAUUAUAGUGACCCUCUUCUCUUCGGGCGUGAAUCUGACACGUGUGUAUUAGGAUGUGUUUAAUGCUUUGAGCGAAGUCAGAGAUGACUAAAAUACGGCUGUAGUACAUGAUGUUCUUAAAUAACGACCAAUCAGAUAGUAGGAUGAAUGGAACUAAUCAACAUCGAUUCACGAAAUACCCAAACUUUCCUUGAUAAAGCAAAAGGAGACAACAACAUUCAUCAUUCUGAACUUCCAGCUAGAAAACCCUACCAAAAAAUUCUGAAAAUUAUCUUUUAUACUUAAUUUUAGUGAACAACAUGAAACCAUUUUCACUCGCACGCUCUGGAAGAUAAACGUGCGCUAUGAAUAAUAUACCAAUUAUUAGCUUGUCUCCCUGUAUUAUGUGUCAGAUUCAUGCCCGAAGAGAAGAGUAAAUGUCACUGUAAUUGUUUAACUCUACACCCGCAGUAAAAUGAAAAGUGCCAAGCGCUCUCUGUGUAACGAAAUCUCGUCGGAUUUUUAUACAAGCCUCGACUAGAUAGUAUCAAUUAUGAUAUAAAGGGUUUAGUCGAAGGAUUGUUUUCAAUAAACUGCAGGCUACGAUAUGUGCGCACUUAUAUUUUUCUUAAGUUUAUGGUUCGACUACGCUGAUUCCGAAUAUGACCGUGCCAGCUGCCCUUAGGCCUUCAGAGACCGAUCUUAUGGAAAACAAGUUUUUCAUAAACUAUAGAAAAUAACUAAAACGUUUCUUAAUGAAGCAGGAUUGUAGCCCGCACAUUUAUGAUUGAAAUGAGGCAUCUCCAAGCCCUGCAAGUCCUUCGUUUGCAGAGUUAUAGAAUUUACAAGAAAAGCCCUAAGUUAAUUUUUCUCUUAUUUCUGUAGCUUUGAGUUAUCAUAUACUUUUUUCAAAGAGAGUUAUUGUCCUCUAAACGGAUAUUUUACGCAUUAGAACGUAUGGAAUACAUUUUUUUUAGGUAAAAGCCUUUCUUUUGCUUUUGCUCAGAUCGGUUUGGCCAGCUAAUUGUCUAUCCUCAGCUGCAGUGGGUUUGAGCGAUACUGUUUUCUCUCAAAUCAACCUUAAAAGCUCAUUAUCAAAUACUGCUUUUUGUGCUGAUUACUUUGAAACGAACGAAACCGAAAUUUUUAAAUAGAAAGUACAAAUUCUAAAUUAUGAAUUUAUUCAUUUCAAUUUCCUGACCUACUUAGUUUUUUACAAAAUUUUCUUUAAAAUUAUAAUAAAUAUAGGAUAGAGCAUUAAAGUCUGUACAAAAUGCCCUAUUGAUUCUGUCAAAACAAUCUUAAAGCGCGUAUCUUAAAUCUAAACAAGUUUUGGAUGGUUUUUGUCAAAAUCAAAAUAGUAAGGCGCCGUUAAUUCCAAAAUCAAGUGGAAAAGCUUUUGAGUUUUCAAACACAUAUUCUGAUUUAUCGGACGCUGCUGAUCACGAAUCUGACCUUAUUUUUUCGAUUUGACCGAGUUUUCCUGCAGAAAACCUCAAAAUAUUAUGAAGACGUCAAAAAACCUCCCAAAACCGAUUUUUCAGAAAAAUCCAGAUUAUCUCCUGAUAUUUUCAUUUUUCGAUCUCGUCGAUGCGAUUUUCGGAUUCAGCAUCGUGAAGCACAUCUAGACACUUAUCAUUCGAUGACUUUUCUUCAAGACUUAAACUCUUGUGGCUGAUUAAACACUGAUCGCUCGAACCUUGAGGUUCUCACCGCACAAUGCUAUCCACUUUUUGCCAUGAGCGCUAGAGACUAUUUGAAUUAAAUAGUAAAAAUUAGAAAUCAUUUUUUUGUUGGUGUUUUAUAGCACAACAAAAAUUAAUUGUAAAAAAUGACAUUGAGCGAAGAAUAACAGCUAAAAAUGAACAAGUGCGAUUAGAUCCAAGUUUAUUAUCGAGAGAAAAACAAAAUAUCUUAGAAAGAAUUCGAAAUGGUACUAAAGAGGAACAACGAUCACGAAAAUAUCAAUUACUCAAGUUGGGUUUGGCUUGGGAUAAUGUCGAAGUAGCAAAAGAAUUGAUUAUUGAAGGCUCUUUGGAUAAUAUUAUUCAUCAAAAAAAAGUAUUCAUACGAACAGUGAAGGAAAACCUGUUUACAUUCGUUCAUUAUUUUAUAAAAAUUGGUGUAUCAGUCGAUAAAAUAUUUUUUUCUCAUUUACUAACUUCAAAUAAAGGAGGUAGUCGUUAUCAAAAAUUACUCGAUGAACUUUAUACACCGGAGUUAAUAAAUCGUGAGGACUAUUUACUAAAAUAUAUUAUUUUAUCAGAUGAUUUUUUGAAAGAAACGAAAAUUGAUUCGAUUGAAAUUCUAAAUUAUGUAUUGACUAAGUUAAUCGGCGAUUAUAUGAAACAUUUGUAUUUUGAAACAGCUACUGAUGAACAAGAAGCGAAACGGACAACGAAACAUAAUCAAAUUAGUGAUCAAGAAGCAACUGUUGGAAAUUAA